AUGUUUGACGCCGCCUCCGCGACCUCCUCCGCGUCGUCGCCACCCAAGCCGCUCCUCUACAACACGAUGCUCCGAGGCUACCUCACCUUGGGCCUCCCGCGCGAGGAGGCCGCGCUCUUCCGCGACAUGCCGUCCCACUGCGCCCCAUACCGCCACACGUUCCACCUCGCCGCCGCGGCGUGCACGCGCGCCUCGCCGGAGGAGGCCGAGCUUGGCCGGCGUAUCGAGAGUGCUGCUGCGGCCAGAGGGUUCACGUCCGACCUCCUGGUCACGACGGCCCCGAUUGGGAUGCACGCCAAGGCCGGGGACAUGGGCGCCGCACGCAGGAUGUUCGACGGAAUGCCGAUGUUGGACGCCGUGGCGUGGAACGCGGUGAUGGUGGGUACACCCGCGCGGGGUUCCUGA